AUGUACGUGACGGUCGACCAGUACCGCGAGGCCUGGAACCGAAUCAAACACGAGUCACUGUCACAUUCAACUUGCCGAAUCGUUGUAUUUGUAUCAUGCUUGGAUGUAGACGCGCUAUGUGCCGCCAAGAUCUUUGUGAGCAUCUUUCAAAAGGAUCUUAUUCCCCAUAAGAUCAUCCCCGUAAUUGGCUACCGGAGUUUCAAGACGGCAUUUUCGCAGCUGGACUCUGAUAUCACGAACGUUAUUUGCAUAGGAUUUGGAGCAAACGUGGACGUUGAGGAAUACUUGGGUAUAACGGAAGAGGAAUCACAGGUCAAAGUGCAUAUUUUCGAUAAUCACCGCCCGUGGAACUUGAACAACCUUUAUGCCAAAAACUCUAUUGUUUGCUAUGAUGAUGGUUCAUUUGAGGACAUGGAGAAAUAUAGAGAGGCGUAUUUUUUUCUUGCAGAAGGUCACGAGGACAGCUCGUCCUCCGAAUCUGAAGAUGACCAGCUUUCCCCUGUUGAUCGUAACAAAUUCAUCGAUGACGACGAAGACGCCGACGACGACAACGACGAGGGGGGAGCGUCGAUCCCGAACGAUGAGAGUCAAGCUCAGGUUAUCGAGGAUACAUUUGCACCACCUGCAGGCCCCACGGAAACGCAGAUAGACACCGAGCAGGCAGAAGGUGAGCGCACGUUCACGAUAGCUGACGCGCCGAGAAAACGAACAAAGACCCUCAGAAAAAACUACCUCGAUCUAAUUGAAGAGUACUACACCCAAGGAAGCUACUUGAACACGUCAGAUGCCCUUUUAAUUUAUACACUACUCACAACCAUUGGUGAAACGUCCCUGCGAAACUUGUGGUUGACUAUUGUUGGCGUUGUUUCGCUCGACAAUCAGUACCCAGAGAUUUUCAAUGCAUUAUAUCCUUUGUUACGCGACGAAAUUCGCCGUCUCCGUGGAGAUCAAGAAGUGAAAACCGCGGCUGGCCGGGGUCAAAACGAUAUCUCCCUUAAUAUUGAAACCGAUUACUCGCUGUUCCUUCUCCGCCAGUGGUCCCUAUACGAGAGUAUGAUCCACUCACCGUAUGUCUCUGCUCGGCUGUAUUUAUGGACUGAGAACGGCCGGAAAAAGCUCCAUAAAAUGUUGGCUCAAAUGGGCAUUUCUUUACAAGAAGCUAAAGAACAAUGGAACCACAUGAAUCCUACUUUAAAGCGAAAGCUGAAAGUUAAGCUCGAAAAAGUCAGUGGCAUGUAUGGCAUUGAGGCUAUUAUUCACGAUGGGGUUGUCCGUAGAUUCGGUUACAAGGGGAGCAUGUCGGCUGCCGACUGUUCUGAGGCGGUUGCUGCCCUUUUGGAAAGCGGUGCAAACCUGCACAGUAACGGGAAAACUAUAAGCGACUCUGGCAGUCGUCAGUUUUGGAUCGAAAGUUUCUGGGCGGCUUGGGAUUCUGUUGAGAACUAUGAUAAACUCGAUCGGGGAAUAGCCAAGGCAAAGCUUCAGCAACAAGCUGUUGUUUCCGCCGGAACGGCGAUCUUUGAAAAGGGCCAGCUCAAAGACUUGCAAACGUUUCGUCUUGCAGUCGUGCGUGAGGGACCUGAUGUGGUGCUUUUCUGCAACCCUUUGGCAUUGACCCGUCUAGGAGUCUGGCUGUCUGAAGGGUGUGCUCAUGUUCACGAGCAGCUGCGUCCUCUCGUGGUUGCAACAUUCGACGAAUCCACUCAACUGUAUCUUGUUCUUGGAAUGAGCCCACGAAAGGCCCGAGAGGAUACUGCUAUUGAUACUACUUACAAUGUGUUUGGGCAGAUUUUCCAGCAAGUCGCCACGGAGAUCAAGGCUCGGGUUAGAAUAGACGCGUUUGAAUCAGCGGUCAUUGAGGUUGCAAAGGAGGACCUGUCCAGGUUCCUGGAAACGUUGGCUCUCAAAAUGAGAACAGAAAAACACGGCUGGGCAUAG